AACAAACUACGGAGUACUGCUACUCAGCUCGCGAAUCCGGGACCUUCCGCGUAGUUUCCUCUCUGCACAGCUUAUCCCCUUCCGCUCCAGGUCUCCGUCUUGUCACUCCCAACUGCUCCUCGACGCCGGGCGCGCCGCGCAGGGAGGAAUCAUGGCCUGAAGCGAAAUCCCGCGCCGCGACGCUGCGAGGAUAACUUUCUCAGGCCAGGGAAGGAAGACAUCUCCUUGACGCGAUAGAGCUUUUGAUGGUUGCUAUAAGUAUUCAGGGGUGAAUUAGGACUGCAAGAUACUACUGAAGCGAAACAGAUAGUGUCAACAGAGUUUGUUUCAAGAUGGAUGAAGGCCAGGAAGUUAGGUAUUGGUGCCACAUGUGUGAGGAGGUGAUCGAUCCUAUGCCGGAAAUGAAGUGCCCUAGCUGUGAGGGUGGGUUUGUGGAAGAGAUGGACUCUGAAGGCUUUGAACCAGCUACAAACACGAGGUCUGAUCGCUCCCUCUCUGCUUUGGCUCCGCUGCUUUUUGGUAUGCUGGGGGGUUCGUCGCGCAGAUCAAGACUCAGGAGGGAGGCCAUGGAGGAUGUUGAUGCUGAUGAGGAUGAGGAUGAGGAUGAUUCAGACCGUGAGCUCGAACUAUUCAAUUGGAGGCGGCGAAGGAGGACGCCCUCAGCAUCACUUGUCAGGCUGAUUCAAACUAUACGUGAUGACAUGAGGGGCUUGGAUGACACUGACAGUGAUACAGAGAGAGAUAUGGAGAGAGAAAGAAGGGAGAGACAGGCUGUGGAGAGGAGGAUGGAGAGGCAGAGGGCAGAGAGGCAGGCUGUGGAGAGGAGGGCGGAGAGGCAGAGGGCAAUGGAGAGACUGAGCAAUCGUGGGAGAGAGAGGACAGAAAGCCUAAUACUGAUCAACUCCAACAAUGAGGCCAUCAUUCUCCAAGGAACGUUUGGACGCGAUGACAAUCAAGAGGAAUCAAGCAACACAAGUUCUGGUGUAUCAGCUGCGGAUUACUUUCUUGGUCCUGGCUUAGAUAUUCUGUUGCAGCGUUUGGCAGAGAGUGAUCUCAAUCGUUCUGGCACACCACCUGCCAAGAAGGAGGCUGUAGCUGCAUUGCCAUCUGUGAACAUCAAGGAAGUGUUGGGUUGUUCAGUCUGUCUUGAGGAUUUUGAGAUGGGAGCAGAAGCAAAGCAGAUGCCCUGUCAGCAUAAAUUCCACUCUCAGUGCAUCCUUCCAUGGCUGGAGCUUCACAGUUCUUGCCCAAUCUGUCGAUUUCAGUUGCCUACUGAGGAGACGAAGAACCCAUGUGAAUCAGCCAGCAGUGCCGGGGCCAUGAACGGCAAUGGAGACAAUGUUGCUGCAAGCAGUAGUGAUACAGAAAGUACUACCCGUAAUGGAGACAACCAUUCAGAUAGUCCUAUCUUCUCUGCUUUGAGCGCACUCUUCUCUGAUCCAUCCUCAUCAUCUGAUGAUGAAAGUGCUCCACACUCUUCUGAGACCUGAAGUUUCAUCUAAAUUGCAGACACCGCUGGAUGCAGGCUUGCAGUACGGUGAAGGUGAUCUGAAAUGUGAGACUGGCAUCUUUAUAUUGUAGUUUCUGACUUUCUGUACAUAUCUCUGAAUUGGCGCCCCCAGAAGACAAGAUAUUCUAUCCUCUUUUCUGAAAACUAUGUGGCUUGUAACGUGCUAGUGCUUGCUAUGUUUACUUAUCCUAAAUAAAAGUUAGCCUCUAGUGUGCUUACCGUCUCCUGAAGGCUUCAACAUGCAUCAGACGGCUGCCAGUUUGGUUGAGAGUGAUCAAUGUAAGACUAAUCUCCUCUGCUAGCUGUUUGGCUUAUGUAAGCAGUGACAUUGUGCGCUAUGUUUUUACUGUGGGGAUCCCUUUGAAGACGUCUGGAUAAUUUCUGUGAAGGGAAGGACCUUUUAUGGAUCCUCAUUACUCACGCUCCAUUGUGUUCUGGAGUUGAUGGAA